UUUAAUCCCUGCAGUCUUUCAGACCUGUGUAACUUUGCUGGAGUUGACUACGAGUCGGAGAAUGAUAACGAUGAGUGGCAUCGGUCUGCCUCGCUGAGCUCGGACAUGUCGGCCCUGUCCUAUGUGUCUGUGAUGCCCAGUGAGGAGCUGGACCGGCUGCUGGAGGACGUCAGGAGCAUGGGGGACAGCACUCUGCAGGACUAUAAGGAUGUGCAGGUGGUGGUUCUCCAUAAGGACAUGGGCGUGGGACUGGGCUUCAGCGUGGCGGGAGGUGUGGACCAGAACAAGCCAGUCACUGUUCACAAGGUGUUUCACUCGGGUGUUGCAGCCCAGGAAGGCUCCAUAAGGGAAGGGGACCAGGUCCUGUCAAUCAAUGGCACAGCACUUUGCGGCUACGCCCACUGCGAGGCCCUGAGGGUCCUGAGGAGAGCAAAGACUCGGGAGAUGGGGGUGGUGGUCAUGAGGAGGGGAGCGAUGAGCAGUGUCUGUAAGGGGGAAGCGCAGACAAAUAUCCAGGGACAAACAAAGACUCAGUCCACUAAGACAGAUCAACAUGUGUUUGUUUGUCUGGAGAAGAACACCAGGGAUCUGGGCUUUAGCCUGGAAGGAGGUGCAGACUCCAACUGUGGGAACCGACCACUCACUGUACAGAAGAUCUUCCAGGGGGGUCCUGUGGACAAGCUGCGUCCUGGUGAUGAGGUGGAAGAGAUUGAAGGAAUGAGCGUGGUGGGGAUGAGGCGCCUGGAGGCCUGGACUUUGAUCAGAAGACUUCCCCCUGGGCCGGUGGACGUGGUGCUUCGUCGCCCUGUUAAACAUCUGGAAACAUGAGGAUUGUUGAAGUGCUUUGAGCAUAGUAAAGGUGGCUAGGAACCAGAUUUAAUUUAGAUAUCUGGACCUUAUGCCAUUUCAACAAUUCAACAAAUUGUAGACAUUAUAACAAAUCCCUAAAUAAAAUAUAAUCAAAAUGUUUUAUUUUUCUCACUUUAUCUACAGGAUUACAUCUACCUCAAAGCUUGUGAUAUUUCUUUACCAGCCCAUAAUUCAAAUGCACUCAUACAUCAAAGUCAACCAACCUUUUGUAACACAUACUUUGGUCAUCUAAAAGCGAGUAAUGUGGCGCCUGUACAUAAAUACAUGUGUUGUAAAAUAUUGUGAAUAAAGAAGCUAACUGCA